UGUGAUCUCUUGGAUACUACCUCGCUCACACACACAUACAUACAUAUACACAUGUCAGACAUUGCUGCUCCUCCGCUGUGCACAAUGCCUCUAUCUUAGCACUGCUCUGUGCUAUCAAUCCUUUACAAUGUUGCCAUGUUUCCUUCUUUUGAUCUCACCAUUGUUUUGCUUCUCCUGCCUGCUCAUUUUGCCUUUGGGGCUCCUUUGCCCUUCUGUUUGUAUCUGUAUGGAUUACCAUACUAUAGACUGCAGGGACCAAGGACUUCCAAGCCUGCCUAGUUCAUUUCCAUUGGACGUGCGGAAACUUCUUGCAGCCAACAACCACAUUCAGACUAUACCAGCAGACCUCCUUUUAUUUUACGGAGAUCUUAUAUAUCUGGACCUCAAGAACAACUCAUUAACCUCAAUAGAAGAAGGCACCUUCAUCAGUUCUUCCAGACUGUUGUUUUUAGAUCUGAGCUAUAACAAUCUGACGCAGCUGGAUGCUGGGGUUUUUAAAUCCGCAGAAAAGCUCAUCAAGUUGUAUUUAGGGAAUAACAACUUGUCGGAAGUGCAUGAAGCUGCCUUUGAAAGCCUGAGCUCCCUCCAGGUAUUGGAAAUGAAUGACAAUAAUUUACAAAGUUUGAGUGUAACAGCCCUGGAAGCACUCGCAUCCCUUCGCACGAUCCGCUUGGAUGGUAACCCUUGGAUAUGUGCCUGUGACUUUGCCAAUCUCUUUUUUUGGAUUAAUGAAAAUGCAAAGAAACUACAAAAAGGUAGGAUUUUGCAUGCAUGCAACAUAAUCUCAUUCCAUGCAUGAAUCUACCACCCCACAUAUUAGUAUACAGC